AUGGUAGACACUUCUUCAGACGUUAGUUCCUCGGGCUCGACCCAUUCCUCGCCCGAUAAGCCUCACCCUCUCCAUGUCACCGUGAACGAUGUUGUUCCAGACGAGAAACCCGACGUCAUGUUCACCCCACGAAAGGCUUCGAGAUUGGAAAAGGACGAUGACGAUGAGGAGGAAGAUCUGGAUGCGCUUAUUGAAGAGUUGGAAUCACUCGACCCAGAUGCUGAUAUUGAAGCCGACAUCGAGACAGCAGCGGGUGCGCGAAAUGUGCCCGAGGAAAUGCUCCAGACCGACACGCGGGUGGGAUUGAUCGAGCCCGAAGUAGUGGCCAGGCGAAAGAAAUUCGGGCUAAACCAAAUGAAAGAAGAGAAAGAGAAUUUGCUGCUGAAGUUCCUGGGAUACUUUGUUGGUCCCAUUCAAUUUGUCAUGGAGGCUGCUGCGAUCCUCGCCGCUGGUCUUGAAGACUGGGUGGACUUUGGCGUCAUUUGUGCGCUGCUCCUGUUAAAUGCCAGCGUCGGGUUUAUCCAAGAGUUUCAAGCUGGCUCUAUCGUCGAAGAGUUGAAGAAGACCUUGGCUCUGAAGGCUGUCGUCCUGAGAGAAGGCCACCUGAUCGAAAUCGAGGCUCCUAUGGUGGUUCCUGGAGAUAUUCUACAACUUGAAGAAGGCACAAUCAUACCCGCUGACGGCCGGCUCGUUACUGAAGAUGCGUUCCUUCAAGUCGACCAAUCCUCCAUCACGGGCGAGUCCCUCGCCGCGGACAAGCAUCUGGGCGAUACCUGCUAUGCCUCCUCUGCCGUGAAACGAGGCACCGCCUUUAUGAUUGUAACGGCAACGGGAGACAACUCCUUUGUCGGCCGAGCGGCCGCUUUGGUCAAUGCCGCAUCAGGUGGCUCAGGCCAUUUCACCGAAGUCCUCAAUGGUAUCGGUACAGUGUUGCUUGCGCUCGUGGUUUUCACCUUACUCGUGGUUUGGAUAUCGUCAUUCUAUCGAUCUAACGACAUUGUCACCAUCCUCAGAUUUACCUUGGCGAUCACCAUUAUCGGUGUUCCUGUCGGUCUCCCUGCCGUGGUCACCACCACCAUGGCUGUCGGCGCAGCCUACCUGGCCAAGAAGAAGGCCAUCGUCCAGAAGUUAUCCGCCAUUGAAUCGCUUGCCGGCGUGGAGAUACUCUGCUCGGACAAGACGGGGACUUUGACCAAGAACAAACUCUCCCUUCACGAGCCAUACACGGUGCAUGGUGUUGAUCCCGAGGAUAUGAUGCUCACCGCGUGUUUGGCGGCGUCCCGGAAGAAAAAGGGCAUGGAUGCUAUCGAUAAGGCAUUUCUCAAAGCCUUGCGGUACUACCCUCGAGCUAAGCAGGCCUUAUCCAAGUACAAAGUCAUCCAAUUCCAUCCAUUUGACCCAGUUUCGAAAAAGGUCAGCACCGUUGUCGAAUCACCUCAGGGUGAGCGCAUAAUUUGCGUCAAGGGCUCGCCGCUAUUUGUGCUCCGCACAGUGGAAGAUGACCAUCCCAUUCCCGAGGAAAUUGAUAUCGCAUACAAAAACAAGGUCGCAGAGUUCGCAGCUAGAGGCUUUCGCUCUCUGGGUGUGGCCAGAAAGCGAGGUGACAACUCGUGGGAAAUUCUGGGGAUUAUGCCUUGUGCAGACCCGCCUCGACAUGACACCGCCAAAACAAUCAACGAAGCCAAAUCGUUGGGUUUGUCCAUCAAGAUGUUGACUGGUGACGCCGUCGGUAUCGCCCGAGAAAUGUCUCGACAGUUGGGACUUGGAACCAAUGUCUUCAACGCAGAGCGCCUUGGACUCGCUGGUGGCGGGACGAUGCCGGGCUCCGAAGUCUACGACUUUGUUGAGGCUGCAGAUGGGUUUGCCGAAGUGUUCCCCCAGCACAAGUACAACGUUGUCGAAAUCCUACAGCAAAGAGGUUAUCUGGUGGCAAUGACUGGCGAUGGGGUCAACGACGCGCCCUCGUUGAAGAAGGCGGAUACCGGUAUCGCGGUCCAAGGCGCAACUGAUGCAGCUCGAUCAGCAGCAGACAUUGUUUUCCUCGCGCCUGGUCUCUCGGCUAUCAUCGACGCCCUGAAGACGUCGCGCCAAAUAUUCCACCGCAUGUACGCAUACGUCGUUUACCGCAUUGCUCUGUCACUUCAUCUGGAGAUCUUCCUGGGCCUGUGGAUCGCCAUUCUGAACAAGUCGCUCAACCUUAAGUUGGUGGUUUUUAUUGCUAUCUUUGCCGACAUCGCCACACUGGCAAUUGCCUACGACAAUGCGCCAUAUUCGAAAACGCCGGUCAAGUGGAAUCUGCCCAAACUAUGGGGCAUGUCCAUUCUAUUGGGAAUUGUGCUCGCUGCCGGGACUUGGAUCGCACUAACGACGAUGAUUGUGGGCGGGCACGAUGGUGGUAUCGUUCAGAACUUUGGGCACACGGACGCUGUCUUGUUUCUUCAGAUCUGCCUCUCUGAAAAUUGGCUGAUUUUCAUCACCCGCGCUAAUGGCCCCUUCUGGUCCAGCAUCCCUUCCUGGCAGCUCGUGGGUGCCAUCUUACUUGUGGACAUUCUCGCAACAUUCUUCUGUCUUUUCGGUUGGUUUGUCGGUGGGCAACAGACCAGCAUUGUUGGUGUGGUGAGGAUCUGGUUGUAUUCUUUCGGGGUCUUUUGCGUCAUGGCUGGCGUCUAUUACCUUUUGCAAGACAGCGUCACAUUUGAUGACAUUGUGCAUGGGCGGAAGACGAGGAGCAAUAAGGUGCUCAAGAAGAGAGACAUGGAGGAUUUCCGUGAGUUUGGCCCUUGA